AUGAAGCUUAGCUUAACACAAGCCACUCUGCGCGGACGGGAUUCAUGGGACUCAACUAGCUGUCCAAAUCAACUGAAUUGGAAGUGUCACUUUUCCGGCUCGCACUUCUCCCAAUCCCUAUUUUUCGUCAAGGCUGAGCAUGCUACCGCACCCGACUCUCUGGUUUUUCUUUUGACUGGAACCAACUUCGACAAGCAGCACAACAAAGUAUGA